GGGGAGGGGAGAAUCGAGGACGGCAGGCCUAGCCAGGCCAAGAAUGCAAUUGCCCCGGUGGUGGGAGCUGGGAGACCCUUGUGCUUGGACGGGACAGGGUCGCGGGACGCGCAGGAUGAGCCCCGCGACCGCUGGCACCUUCUUGCUGACAGUGUACACUAUUUUCUCGAAGGUGCACUCAGAUCGGAACGUGUACCCAUCUGCAGGUGUCCUCUUUGUUCAUGUUUUGGAAAGAGAGUAUUUUAAGGGGGAAUUUCCACCUUACCCAAAACCUGGCGAGAUUAGUAAUGAUCCCAUAACAUUUAACACAAAUUUAAUGGGUUACCCAGACCGACCUGGAUGGCUUCGAUAUAUCCAGAGGACACCGUAUAGUGAUGGAGUCCUGUAUGGAUCUCCAACAGCUGAAAAUGUGGGGAAACCAACAGUCAUUGAGAUAACUGCCUACAAUAGACGUACAUUUGAGACUACAAGGCAUAAUUUGAUAAUUAAUAUAAUGUCGGCAGAAGACUUCCCGUUACCGUAUCAAGCAGAAUUCUUCAUUAAAAAUAUGAAUGUAGAAGAAAUGUUGGCCAGCGAGGUUCUUGGAGACUUUCUUGGGGCCGUGAAAAAUGUGUGGCAGCCAGAGCGUCUGAACGCCAUAAACAUCACGUCGGCCCUAGACAGGGGCGGCAGGGUUCCGCUUCCUAUUAAUGACAUGAAGGAGGGCGUUUAUGUCAUGGUUGGUGCCGAUGUCCCGUUUUCUUCUUGUUUACGAGAAGUUGAAAAUCCACAGAAUCAGUUGAGAUGCAGUCAAGAAAUGGAGCCUGUAAUAACAUGUGAUAAAAAAUUCCGUACUCAAUUUUACAUUGACUGGUGCAAAAUUUCGUUGGUUGAUAAAACAAAGCAAGUGUCCACCUAUCAGGAAGUGAUUCGUGGAGAGGGGAUUUUACCUGAUGGUGGAGAGUACAAACCCCCUUCCGAUUCUUUGAAAAGCAGAGACUAUUACACGGAUUUCCUAAUUACACUGGCUGUGCCCUCGGCAGUAGCAUUGCUCCUUUUUCUAAUACUUGCUUAUAUUAUGUGCUGCCGACGGGAAGGAGUGGAAAAGAGAAACAUGCAAACACCAGACAUCCAACUGGUCCAUCAUAGUGCUAUUCAGAAAUCUACCAAAGAACUUCGUGACAUGUCCAAGAAUAGAGAGAUAGCAUGGCCCCUGUCAACGCUGCCUGUGUUUCACCCUGUGACUGGGGAAAUCAUACCUCCCCUGCAUGCAGACAGUUAUGAAAGCACUAAUAUGCCAUUGAUGCAAACGCAGCAGAACUUGCCACAUCAGACUCAGAUUCCCCAACAGCAGACUACAGGUAAAUGGUAUCCCUGAAGAAAGGAAACUGACCGAAGCAAUGAAUUUAUAAUCAGGCAACAGAGCAGUUACAUCUUGUUCCUCCUCUCUCCCAAUCAUGCAUGAGCUUUUCUGGCAUAUACUGUGCAUGUUGACAGUAUUAAGUGUGUACCAAACAAUACAAUAUAACUUUCAUUUUACUAAUGUGUUUUUUUUGUACUUAAAGCAUUUUUGACAAUUUGUAAAACACUGAUGACUUUAUAUUUGUUACAAUAAAAAGUGAUCUUUAAAAUAAAUAUUAUUAAUGAA